UCAGCCAAAGAUGGCUGCGCCCAGGCCAGGGGCGCGAAGGUUGUAGCGAGCCCGGAGCCCUCGCCCUGGAGGAAACGGGGAGCCGGCUGCGCGGGGAGGUGGCGUCUUUCUGGGGGGAAAGAGGUUCAAGAUGGAAAAUCAUAAACCAGGUGAUACUAUCAAGGAAAACUUAAUUUUUGAUAUCAUAACCAGAAAAAUUAACCAACUUCCAGAAACAGACAGGAACGUCCUUGAACAUGGAUCAACAUAUGUUGGGCUGAAUGCUGCUCUCUGUGGCCUAAUAGCUAACAGUCUUUAUCGACGCAUCUUGCAUGUGACAAAGGCUCCAGUGGCAUCUGGCUUGCCGAUGGUAGUGAUCCCAUUCUUGACAGCUAAUGUGGCUUACAAAGGUUUUGUAAGUUUACCCUUGAGUACAGGUAAUUUGAGUUGUGAAACCUGUACGGUGACACGGGGUGGACUGAUUGGUUUAGUUGUGGGUAGUCUGUACCCUAUUAUCUUGGCUAUUCCUGUAAAUGGUGGUUUAGCAGCCAGGUAUGGAUCAGCACUGCUACCAGAUAAAGCAAACAUGUUAACUUACUGGAUCAGAAUUUCUAAGCCUGUCUUUAGAAAGAUGUUAUUUCCCAUUUUACUUCAGACUGCAUUUGCAGCAUACCUUGGAUCUAGACAAUAUAAGCUACUUAUAAAGGCUCUUCAGUUACCUGAACCUGAACUAAAAAUGACUUAAAACAAAUAAAUUUGUGAAAAUA